UUUUUUUUAGUUUUCAUUUUAUAUAUAUAUUUAUUUUUUAUUUUAUUUUUUACUUUUUUUUAUUAUUUUUUUUAUUUUUUUCAUUUUAAUAAAAUGAAUUUGUCAUAAGUACCACAAUAAACUAUGGGUAUUUUUUGUAGAUUUUGUUAAAAAAGUGAAUAAUGUCCUGUAAUAAUACUAGUGGCACUUGUAUUGACAGUCUGAGUGAUUGAGUUUAACUUUAAAUCUUCCUUUCCUCAGUAUAUGGCUUCAUGUCUGUGUAGAUACCGCCGUCGCAUCCUGUUCUGCUGUUUGCCCUGCAUACUGCUGCUCCCAAUCUACAUAUAUGUCUCAAUUACUUUGUGCAAUAUCAUGACACACGGCGCACCAGGUGCUCUUUCCGUGCAGCUGACACGCUUUACGGCCACUGGUCUCAAACUCUCCAGAGAUCUGGCUCCCCUUCCUGCGAAAACCUUCUGGAGAAGCAAGCUAAAUAGUGGAGCACUAUGGAACAUCAUGCAGUAUAUGACGGAUUGCCAGCAUAACCCCAUCCUAAACCCUCGUCUGGCUGAAAACCCACCUGGUAUUUCUUAUAAAUCGGAAAGGUCCAGAAGAAGCAGGAAUGGAUGCUCUCCAGAUUAUAAGAUUAGCAAUACGAUGCCAGAUUUCUUCACUCUACCAACGCAGAUGAAGGAUUUUGUGACCACCAUGCACUGUCGAAACUAUCCGCUGAUCAUAGAUGCUUUAGGUGUUUGUGAUCGGGCACCAAUGUUACUCCUGGCCAUCAAAACUCAGACUGCCAAUUUUGCGAACAGAGAAGCGAUAAGAGAAACUUGGGGGCGUUCAGGAAGGAUAAAAAGCCGAAGUGGGCGGCAAAGGCUUGUUCGCAGGGUCUUCCUUCUGGGGAAGUCCAAAGACUUGCAUGUUGAAGAGAAAUUGCAUUUAGAGAGUGAAAAAUAUGGUGACAUCAUCCAAUGGGAAUUCAUGGACACGUUUUUUAACCUCACCCUGAAGGAUGUGCUGUUCUGGAACUGGUUCUCAAGGCGAUGCCCACAUGCCCGUUUCAUUUUUAAAGGUGAUGAUGAUAUCUUUAUGAGGACGCCCGCUCUCCUAGACUAUCUGCUGGCCGAGGAGGCAAAUAGAAGCUUCUCAGAUGGAUCCAGGAAGCCAAAUAAAAUGGAGACGUUUGUUGUGGGGGACGUGAUAAACAAUGCAGCUCCAAUGCGCUCCAGUGGGACUAAGUACUACAUUCCGGAGAGCUUCUUUAAAGGGUUGUACCCAUCAUACCCUGGUGGAGGGGGGGUGGUUUACUCUGGUUCUCUGGCCCAUAGGCUUUUGGAGGUGUCGCAAAGGGUUCAUCUGUUCCCCAUUGAUGAUGUCUACCUGGGGAUGUGUCUUCAGAGAUUGGGAGUGUACAUUAUUCACCACCCUGCCUUCCUCACCUUUGACUUCCCCAAGGAUGAGCCCAAGGAACCCUGUGCGAAUCACACAAUCCUCAUGGUGCACAAGCGUAGUCCAGCUGAGAUGUUCCAACUUUGGACCGAAACGUCGACGCCCAGUCCUAAAUGCAGAAAUGCAACGCUGAGAGUCCAAACAAAAGUUGAGUACAGAGGAGAGAAGCCAGUUCUCAACAGGUUUCUUCUCUCCCAGUUCUCAUUCUUACUGAACAGUUGAAAACUGAUGUCAUGAUCUUUUGUAUGAACUGCUAUAGUUUUGAAUCAUUUUAAUUUUAACAUUUUUUUUGAGUUGUGAUGAAACAGAAGAUCUUUUCCAUAUUGUGACGUAAAGUCUGCAUUUUAUUGGAAGAUCAAGUUGUAUACAAACAAAAUAAUUAAACAUAUGCAUGAGUCGUUCACAUUAAGAUCUAUAACAUGCAUUUAAAAACAGAUAUGAAUUCAAAUAUUCCUUCAAAGUGUUAAUGUAAAUGUACUACUCUGAGUAUUAAAGGUGCUAUGUGUAAAAUUUGGGAGGAUCUGUUGACAGAAAUGCAAUAUAAUAUACAUAACUAUGUUUUCAGUGGUAUAUAAAGACCUUACAUAAUGAACCGUUUUGUUUUUAUUACCUUAGAAUGAGCCAUUUCUCAUACACCGCUGGUCCCUGUCCAUGUCAAGUAGCCAUUUUGCGGCAGCAUGUUUCUACAGUAGCCCUAAAUGGACAAACACUCUACAUAGCGCGUUUCAUCACUAAGUUGUGCUUAUUCAACGUAGUGAUGAUGCAAGCUGCCUCAAAAAAACAAAACAAAAAAAAAACACACACGAUUUAGAAGUAGUAGUAGUAGUCUUCUGGUUUAUUAGAAGCAGAGACCAUUCUUUGUUAGAAGUAAAAAGAAACCUUAUUGCUUGACUGUCUAAUGUACUCUCUGCUUUCUCAGACGACGACAUCUUUGUCUUGUGUUGGCCAGAUGGCCACCGUAGCUUCUCUAUUUUGCUUCGAAAGGGAGG